AUGAAACAUUUCUACAAAUUGGCCAUAGUUUUAGCCUAUAUUCAUACAUAUUUCAUGCGAAACAGAUGUGUGAGAAAAGUAUUUUUAGCUGAAAAUGAACCUGAUUCUGGUGUAAAAUCAGGGGAUGGGAAAGGCUCUUAUGAUGAUGAUGUUCUUAUGGAGGAAGUUAUAAAUCUUCUGUCCCUUCACGCUUUGGGGCAAGAAGAAGAGGAACAAAAAAAUCCGAAAAAGAGGAACAGAAAAAAUCCAAAAAAGGGGAACAAAAAAAAUCUGAAAAGGAGGAACAGAAAAAAUCCGAAAAAGAGGAACAGAAAAAAUCCGAAAAAGAGGAACAGAAAAAAUCCGAAAAAGAGGGUGCAGUUGAAGGGACGGAUGAAAUGGAGAUUAAGUUAUAGACAAACACAUUUUCUAUUAGAAGAUAUUAAAAAAUGCAAGAGGAGCUCUGAAGAAGAAGUACAAGAAAAGGGAACAACUUCAAGUGCAUCAUCAUCAAAAGAUGCACCAGAAGAAAAGCCUGAAAAAUUGGAUGACCUCCAGUUAGAUGAGUUUAGACACGUACUAAAGGAAUGUGAUGAUAUAUUUUUCGAAAUUGAUGAUGAAAAAAUAGAGGAAUAUUUAAAGGCAGGGAUACACAGCAAAGAAAAAAUUUCUGAAUUGAAUAAUGAAUAUCCAUUAAAUUUGUCGAAAGGUAUUAACUUUGAUAAUCCUCGUGCGCCUUUUGGAGUAGUAGAGAAAAACUUUGAAAAGAAAAGUGAAAAUGAAAUACGCGCAACGCUAUAUUUUGAUGAUUUCUUGAGUACUCCAUUAUAUGAAUUUUUAAAUAAUACAAUGGUGGGUGAAUUAUCUCUGGCAAAAGUUAAUUUUUUCUAUGUCAAAGAACGUAUUAAAUAUCAGCCAUGCAAUAACUUUCUGUUGAAUUAUCUUGGUACAAAAAACAAACCUUUAAACAUUGACAGUUUUUUAUGUCUUAAUAUAGGCACAUAUUUAUCUCAGGAUAAAUGUGAAAUUUGCAAUUUUUGUGAUACAAGAAUAAGGGCAAUAAGAGAAAAAAAUGUUGAAAAUGAUUAUACACUUGAAAGAUUAAAACAGACAAGUGUCAGUAGGCAUUUGAAUUAUUCCGAACGAAAGAAGUUAAGAGAGAUAGUUUUUCACCAACUUCAGAAUAUAUCGUAUUUAAGAAAAGCAUUAUCUUUCUUUGCUGAAAAACGUAAUAAAAUUAAGAAAGAUGCAGCGCUUCUUUCACAAAAUUUCUCUUUACCUAAAAAUUAUUUAUAUAAGGAUGUUAUUCUUUUGACAUGCCUACAUUAUGUAAUCAGUUAUGCUAUUGUAAUACUUAAGCCAUUAAAGAUUAAAGUUGAUGGAAAAAUUAUGAUAGGAUAUAGGGAGUUUUAUUUUGUUUCAGGUUUACUAAAUCAGUUAAUAUUUUUACUAGAGUUUAUGGAACAUAAUUCAAUUGUGUCAAAAAUUCUUUAUGAUAUAUGA